CCCGGCCAGGCCCAGCUGCGCAGCGCCGCCCGGCUGCACGACGCCCUGAGGCUCAUGCAGAGGUUCGCGGGGCUGCCUGAGACCGGCUCGCUGGACCCAGAGACCAUAGCUGCCAUGCAGAAGCCUCGCUGCUCGCUGCCCGACGUCCUGGGGUCUGCGGGGCUGGUGAGACGCCGCCGCCGCUAUGCCCUCAGCGGGAGCAUGUGGAAGAAGCGGGCCCUGACGUGGAGGGUGCAGUCCUUCCCGCAGAGCUCGGGGCUGAGCGCGGACGCUGUGCGCUACCUCAUGAAAAUCGCCCUGGACGUCUGGGGCGUGGAGUCCAGCCUCACGUUCCAGGAGGUCGCUUCCCAGGAGCCCGACAUCCUCAUCGACUUCACUCGGGCCUACCACCAAGACAGCUAUCCCUUUGACGGGCAGGGUGGCACACUGGCCCACGCCUUCUUCCCUGGGGAGCACCCCAUUUCUGGGGACACCCACUUCGACGAUGAGGAGACCUGGACUUUUGGAUCAAAAGACGAUGAUGGAAUCGACCUGUUUGCUGUGGCGGUUCACGAGUUUGGCCAUGCCCUGGGCCUGGGCCAUUCCUCCGCACCCAACUCCAUUAUGAGGCCUUUCUAUCAGGGCCCGGUGGGUGACCCCGAGAAGUACCGCCUGUCCCAAGAUGACCGCGAUGGCCUGACGCAGCUCUAUGGGAGAGCAUCGCACACCCCCUAUGACAGGCCCACCAGGAAGCCCCUGGGGCCCCCAGCCCCGCCCCCGGCCCUGCCCCCGGACAGCCCCUCCACACCCGUUCCUGAUCGCUGUGAAGGCAAUUUCGACGCCAUUGCCAACAUCCGUGGGGAGAUCUUCUUCUUCAAAGGCCCCUGGUUCUGGCGCCUGCAGCCGUCGGGACAGCUGGUGUCGCCCCGGCCCGCGCGGCUGCACCGCUUCUGGGAGGGGCUGCCGGCCCACGUGCGCGCGGUGCAGGCGGCCUACGAGCGGGCCCGGGACGGCCGCAUCCUCCUCUUCAGCGGCCCCCAGUUCUGGGUGUUCCGGGACCGGCAGCUGGAGGGCGCGGCGCGGCCGCUGGCGGAGCUCGGGCUGCCGGCCGGGCUGGAGGCGGACGCCGCCUUCUCCUGGCCGCUCAACGGGAAGACCUACGUGAUCCGCGACCGCCGCUACUGGCGCUACGACGAGGAGGCGGCGCGCCCCGACCCCGGGUACCCGCGCGACCUGGGCCUGUGGAAGGGCGCGCCGCCCGCGCCGGACGACGUCACGGUCGGCAACGCAGGGGACACCUACUUCUUCAAGGGCCUCUACUUCUGGCGCUUCCCGAAGGGCAGCGUCAAGUCGGAGCCGGACGCCCCGCAGCCCCUGGGCCCCGCGUGGCUGGACUGCCCCGCCCCGAGGCCCCCCAAGGCCACGCCCAGGCCCGGAGGCUGCGACUGUCGGUGCGAGCUGAGCCGGGCCCCGGCCCCGCGCGCCGCCCUCCUGCUGCCCCUGCUGCCCCUGCUGGCGGGGGGCGCCGCCGCCGCCCGCGCCUGAGCCGAGCGGGGCCCCCGGGCGCCGGGACGGCGCGAGGUGCCGGCGAGCCCCGUCGUCCGUCCCACCGCGGGAGCCCCGAGGACACCGGGCUGGCGGAUUCCUGCAGCCCGGACCCGACCGGACG